GUCUCCGGUGCGGUUACGUCAUCUUUAUGCGCUUCUGUUUUGCUUCCCUCAAGCACGUGAUACAAACCAACGUGGCUUUUAUUUUUGACAUUUCGGUGGUUAUUAACAGUAGUUACACGUUAAUUAAACAAAACAUUUUAUGCAAACACCAUCAUCGACGAAACAAGCCGGCGAAGACAUUUUGUUACCACAGAGACAAACUGUAAUCGGGGAAACAUGUUUAAUGAAGAGGACGACUGGAAUGACGAAGACGCUCAAAUCCUGAGUAAAACCGUUCUCAAAAACAGCCACAACGCGAACGGCAGCGCAAAUGUUAAGUCCAAGGUUGUUGGAAAAAAGAGCCUGCUGCGGACCCUGCAGACCCUGGGAACAGUACCAGAGUGGAUGACUGACAACUGUCAGCGGGACAGUGACAGUGAGACAGAAGCAGCUCCAUCACACAGUAAGAAAAAGAAGAAGAGAAGGAAAAAGAAAAAACAUGCAGAGACAUCAGAGGAGAAGCAAGGGAACGGAGGCUUAGAUCAGAGUGUUGAGGAGAAACCUGUGACAAAGAAGAGGAAGAAAGACAAAUUUGGGGGCCCAAAAGCAAAAAUAAUGUCUGAAGGUGAUCCAAAGGAUAAAGAAAUUACACAGUCUACAACAGUGGAGGUAAAUAAGACAGAGAACACAAAGAAACUGAACAGAAAACAGUGGAAAAACAAAUUGAAGAGCAAGAGGAAAUGUAAAAAUAAAUACCGCCAGAAUAAACCUGAAGAUGAAGUAAAUAAAGCAGGGUCUGCACAUAAACAGGGGCCAGAAGAAGUCAAAACAGAUUCAUAUAGCAAGAACAACAAUAGUGAAAAAAGCACUCAGACAGCAGCCCAGAAAAAGGAGAAAGUGUGUAAAGCACAGAAAAAGAUAGUAACUGAAGAGGAUACUGACAUGACAGCAGCAACACAGACACAGAGGGAAACGAGGCAGUGGACUAAAAAAGAGACAAAAACAAAAGCUGGCCAAGUUAAAAAAGGUGCAAGUGAAUCUUCUACUGACAGGUCAAGACAGAAAGCAGGUGAACCUGAUGUGGUCUUCACAGGUGACCAGCAGCAGUUACCCACAAAAAGACUGAAACCUGAGCUGAGCAAAGAACAAAGUCUGAAAAGAGAGAAGCUGCGGAAAAUGCUUCACAGCCAGGAAACGGGCCAACAAGAGCGUCCUGAAAAGCGGAGCAAUGAGCCGGCAGUGCCAGAGGAAGUGGUGAAACAGGACCGCUCUGCUUCCUUCAGGUCCCGCAUGGAGCAGCGGCUGGAGUCGGCUCGCUUCCGCUACAUUAAUGAAGUUCUGUACAGCACGUCCAGCGGUGAGGCCAAGCGCAUGUUCAAGCAGGAUCCACAGGCUUUCUGGGUCUACCACAGGGGAUACACAGCGCAGGUUCAGAGGUGGCCCGCCAACCCUGUGGAUGCAGUCAUCUCUUACAUUCGACAAAAACCUUCCUCUCUAGUGGUUGCAGACUUCGGCUGUGGUGACUGUAAAAUAGCCCGAAGCGUGAAGAACAGGGUGCACAGCUUCGACCUGGCAGCUGCCUCUGAGCUUGUUACUGUCUGUGACAUGGCCAAUGUCCCGCUUAAGGACAGCUCUGUGGACAUUGUUGUGUUCUGCCUUUCACUGAUGGGGACCAACUUGGCAGACUUUAUAGCAGAGGCCAAUCGGGUUUUGAAGAUGGGGGGUGUCCUUAAAAUAGCAGAAGUGGCAAGUAGAUUCGAGAAUGUGCGGAGCUUCAUCACUGCACUAGGAAACCUUGGAUUUAAGGUGGUGUCCAAGGACACAGAGAACACACAUUUCUACUCCUUUGAGUUUGUGAAAACGACACAGUCUCCAGAAAAUGUAAAGAAAUUUGGACUGCAGCUGAAGCCCUGUGUGUACAAGAAAAGAUGAAGAUGCUAAAUGAUGUUUUUAAAGCAGCACAUUUUAAUUUGAAUGUAUUAUUUUGAUACAUUUUUGAAGCGUCUGUAAACCGUUUUCCACUAAUUAGUUGAAAUGUGUGGAUUAGAUGUGGCCUCCCUGGUGUUUUUGUAUGUGCCACCAGUAUCCAUGUAGAUCUGGGGUGUCUCCCACUUAGGGAGAAACCCCACUUAUUGAUUAGUUUCUCCUCUCUGGUUGGAGAUAUAAUCAGUAAAACAAAUAACCAUAUGUGGUGCACGGUUAAAGGUGAACCCUACUUGUAUGGUUGCAUGGACACAUCCUGGUAAUGUAGUCAGUUUUGUAAGAGGACAAGUCAUG